AUGUCAGAUGUCAGGGACGUCAGGGAAAGAGAAGCGCAGAUCGAUAUGCUUCUGCGGCAGAGGUCAGAGCUCCUCCGGGAGGUCCAGCUAGGGGGGCCAGGGGCGGGUCAGGCGGUGGCCCGGUUGCUUGACCUCGACGGGGUCAUCGAUGAAUCAGAGACGAGGCUCUUUUGCCUCAGAUUCAUCCUGGCCCGCGGCCCCUACUCCCCGGCCUCGACUUCCCGGGAGGAGCUUUCCUCCUACACCAUCAAGAAGAAGAAGCCCGAGACCACCCUGGGAGUCAGCCUCCCACAGGAUUUUGUUGCCAUGGCCCGAGGAGACAACCACCACAUCGGCCUCCCUGGCUUCGACCCCAACUAUUGCGCCAUCAUAUCCCGGCGUGUUCUCCUAACUGGCCUACCUGGGUCGACCACGGUCGCCCAGGUGGCCAGGGGAGUCGCAGGCCUUGGUGGCGUGAUCAACAUCUUCGUCAGCCGUGAUCUCCGCGCAGAUACGGUGCCUGGGCAGUUAAUGGCUGUCGUAGAGUUCGCCUCUGACCAGAGCGCGACUCGUUAUGUCCAUUUUGUUUCUACGAUCGGCAUCUGGUUCCAAGAUCUUUGGAAGCUAAACCACCAAAUAAUCGCGACGAAAAUCUUAACACCCUCGAACGAAAUCACGUCCACGCACCCAGCAAGCUACCAAGUCCAAAACAAUGGUUCAUCUGGACGAUGUCUUCAAUUCGAGGAUUUCCCUGUAACCUCUAUCUGGGCCCUUUUCAAGAGCUUCGGCGUUCGCCAUAUCGUCGACGCCUGGACCACGACGAACGACCAUGAGGACUCGACUGAUAACCACCUAACGGUGGAGUUUUCUAGUAUCUUUGAAUCAACCCGCUGUUGCAGCCACCUUAUUCGUGGUUACUUCUCGCCAUACAAACCAACCUCAGGAAUGAUCACACUGGACUGGACAACAUCGGAUCGAGACGUGACAGAGUUAGAGAUGGAGGAAAACUGCCACAUUAAGCACGUGGAUCCCAACCAUAUUGAGCAGCAAUGGAAUCAAGAGCCAUUCAAUCUUAACCCGUCUACACAGGUCGGAAAACAUGUUCCUUCGGCAUUCUCCAUUAAGCAGGCACCCCUUGGUUCUAGCCGCGCUGCCUCUGGUGUAACAAUCGUAGGAGAUUGCGGUGCCCUGAGACAUGUCACUCUACAACAGAUCACCGCACGAAUCAGUACGGAAGACGCGCGGUACAUACUGGUUCAUGAUUCAAUCUUUGCGUGUGACAAGGCUAUCACGACUGCCCCUCGCGACCUCUACUAUUCCGUGGUCAACGCCGAGCUCAGUCGCCUCAAGGAGAUCUAUCUUUUUGACCCAGCAUGGGCAACCUUCUGGGACGAAUACUCGAAAACGCAGGGUAUUGAUUUGCGCGGUUACUAUGCUUAUGCCCACGUUGCUGCCACCCGUCGUGCAUACAACGAUCUACAUGGCCUUCCCCAAUGGCACUCAGGGGAGAUGUUGGAGCAGGCUGCCAUACCAGACUACAUCCUGUCCUACUCUCAGCCCAAUCUCAUUCGAAGGGUUAUCAGUACCAGCAAUUAA